AUGACACAGACAGUGUUGGCUCGUCAUCCACUAUUCGCUCAGAUUACAUUGGGGUAUCAGGUGGUGAAGAAGUUCAGUACAUUGCUGGAUCAAUAUUUAGAUGCCCUUUUUGAGAAAAGGGGUUCUACUAGGGAGAAGCCUUUGGCAUCUUUGAUAGAAGCUUUCAAUAACAAUUUACUGAAUGAAUUUGUAAAGAAUGAACAGCAACGCCUUGUAUUUGCGCGGCUAUUGCUUUCAAAACCAGCCUUGGCUCUACUGGAUGCGGGUACAAGUGCUUUGGAUGAAACAAAUGAGGCUAAUUCAUACGGACAUAUAGAAGCCGCUGGUCCAAAAUAG